AUGUCCUCGAUCCGGAUCUCGAAAAGCGUUGGACGGUUCAACCGACUUGUCCAUACUCGUACAAGACAAUUCGCUUCAUCUUCAAGAUCGACUAGCUCCCUGCCUACCGUUCCAUUAUGGAUCAACGGAGAAUCUCUCGCUUCCUCCUCAGCAGGUGAAGCUGUAAACAAACAUCCAAAGACGGGUAGAGAAACUUGUCAGACUGUAGUAGCUGGAGAGGAGGAAGUGAACGAUGCUAUUAUCUCUUCCAGAACUGCAUUCGGUGAAUGGAGGGACGUUACUGGCUGGGAGAGGAAAGGGAUCUUACAGAAUGUUGGGAAUUUGAUCAAGGAUCGUACAAAGGAUCUGGAAGAAGCACUACGUGCCGAUAGUACUUUCUCGGAUCUGGUAGUGAAGAAAAAUCAGGAAUCUGCUUUACAUCUUUUGGACGGUGCUUCUCAUACAGCAAUCUCAUUCGAGGGCACGAUACCUCAAACUGUUGAUGGGAGCUUCUCAAUGGUCCUUCGACAACCUUAUGGUCCUGUAUUGAGUAUACCUGCAUUCAAUUAUCCUCUGACAUUGGCUUUGAGGAGUAUAGCGUACCCUCUCGCAUGUGGAAAUACUGUCCUGCUAAGAGCAUCACCUCUCUUACCUCAAUUCUUCCAGCUUCUCGGUCCCUUAUUCCAAGAUGCAGGUUUACCCAAAGGCGCUCUACAGAUCUUGAAUUUCUCCGAGAGAGAUGUGGCGGAGAGGAUAGAGCAGAUCAUCGCUCAUAGGGAUGUAAGGAUGGUCAAUUUCACUGGGUCGGUUAGAUUGGGUAAGAUCCUAGCUGCGAAAUGUGGACAGUAUCUAAAACCAUCAGUAAUGGAAUUAGGUGGUAAAUCAGUAGCUAUAGUUUUACCUAGUGCAGAUCUGGAAUUAGCCGCCAACAAUAUCCUCUUCGGAGCAUUCUUCAACUCUGGACAAGUUUGCAUGUCCACCGAACAAGUAUUGGUACAUUCGGAAAUUGCUAAUGAGUUCGAAAAGGUGUUGAAGGAAGUUGCGGAACAAGCUAAAUGGGGUGAACAGGGUAUGGAGAUGGUCAGACCUGGUUCAGGUGAUGGCGCGAGGGAUUUAUAUGAUGAUGCGAUAAAGGAGGGCGCCAAGGUAUUAUAUUCUCCUUCGGACACCUCUUCUUCUACAUCAUCAACCUCGUUUCCUCCUACUAUCUUUUCAUCUCUCCCUACCUCCUCUAAAUUAUACAUCGAAGAAUCAUUCUCCCCACUUCUCUCCCUACAUCGGUUAUCCAGCACAGAGGACAUAAUCCAACAUGCCAAUUCGCAUUCUACCGGUCUCACUUCUUCAAUAUUCACGAACGAUUAUCGGGAAGCGCUAGACAUGGCUAAAGAACUUGAGACUGGAGCUGUACAUGUAAAUGGAAUGACGAUACAUGAUCAACAUAACCUGCCACAUGGAGGAUGGAAAGAUAGUGGUUAUGGAAGAUUUAAUAGUAAAGGCGCGAUUGAAAGUUUUACGCAGACGAAGAAUGUUAGAUUCGUGAAAGGGGGUAAACUCCCUUUGGGAUUGAUUUAUCAGGGAUUAUAA